AUGUACGAUAAGGCGUAUUAUGGAUGCUUUUACAUUUAUUACGUCGAAUAUGAUGCCAUCCGCGAAUGGCUAAAUCCCUGUAUGUAGGAAAUGUUCUAUCUUACUAUUGAGGGUGGAUUUACUGUGUCCAGGUCAUUUCUUCUCUUGGACUUAUAACCCACGCUAUCGUGCUGUUCUUUGUCCUCUGUCAAGCAUUGGGAAGAAUCAAGAUCGAAUCACGAGAAACGACUAAGUGGCUUAUGGCCGGCCACUUUGUAGCAGGUAAUUAUAUAAUUACAUGUAUACAUGUGUUAACGUUUUUGCCUUUUCUCUGUUAUUAAUAUUAUGUGCUCUGAUGGACCGCUUACGCUUCUUUUCUGGUGAUGCCUAGAAAUGAUCAACAACCUCCAUCGUCUUCCUUAAUAUAAUUUUGUCAUUCGAGCCAGAAAUGCGGCCAACAAAGCCGUCUUGCACGUGUGAGGUUUAGGAAGAAACACUUGUAGGCUGUCUGAAAUUUACUAGCAGGUAGCAGUCGCAUAAGACAACGGAAGUCUUUCUCGGUAUUUUUGGCAAAAGCACCGAAAUAGGACCUGCUAUAGGCAAGUUGAAACCUUGGCGCACAAUUGAAAAGCUAACUGUGUGCUGUAUUCCAAAACCCACAGAACAUUUAGCUCACAAGACGGGCACCUUCGGGCCGAAUAUGGAGUCUGAGUCGCGGCCAUUAUUGAGGACUAGAAAUUUGUCUAAUUUCUUACCACAUCUGACUGAUCAGUUGAGGAAAAACUCGACUGCAUUUUUAUGUUCAAUAGAGAAUUUCGUUGGACUCAGCGGAUGGAGCCUACCAUUUGUAACAUUCUUCUACAUUUUGAUGAUUUGGAUUGGAAUAUAUAGGACCGUUGAGACAGAGUUUUUGCUCCUCUGCUAUGAGGCAGAUACUAGAGCGAGUGGUCUUCUCCAUCAUCCCACUGAAGAUUUUGAUCUAAUUUGUGGUUCAACAUCUAGCCCUUUCAUAUGGAGUUUUGCCGUCACAGAUUAAUCAUUUCUUUUCUAAAGGCUUUUAAGAUAACCUGUACAGUUGCCUUGACUCUCUGGUUUAUCAGUAGUCCUUUUAGACAUUUUCAUUAUGGUUGGGUUUUUUGACUAUAAUUCAUUGAAAAAUCAACAAUGAUCCUAACUGAAAGAGCUUGUUCGUCUAAGGAAGUUACUUAAUGAUGACGGAGGACUAUGGCCAUGGCCUUUCAAAUAACGUUUGGGAAAUUAUUUAAGAUUAAUUUGUAGUGGCCGACUCGAAGUCUCUCUGGGGUUGAGCUGGACCGAAUCUAGCUGAGACGAAGACCUUAAAGGUAGCCAGGUGGUGAGAACUCAGUUCUGAGCCUUUCCUUAAUCUAAGCACAACAAGGUGCAGGGAGCCUCUGUUGGUAAGGUAAUCGAGUUUUGCCCUGGAAUACUGCAGCAAAUUGUCAAAAAGAAAUGUGAUAGGCAUAGUCUCAGUUUUGAAGAACCUCUGUAUGUUUGUUAAUCCUGCCAUGCUUGUUUACUUAUAACUAGGGUAUAUUCGAGGCUCGGUUGCUAGGCUUCACACUGUUUUACGUUACCCUGUCGGAAGAGGAUCUUAGAAAAUAAUCGGUGUAUUUCGCCAAGUAAACGAAAGUAUUAUCAAGUGUGUGUUUUUUAUGAGCAAAAACUUGCAACUGUACGGUUUAUUUGAUGAGGUGUUUUAAAUUCCAUGUAGAUUGUAUAUCUAAAUUACUUGUCACAUUAAGAUGGUUGGAAAGAUGGGGUUGCCCAUAGGUUAUAUUUGCAGUCAAAGACGAUGACUUAUAUGACCCAUAUGAGCGGCAGUACAUGGGAUACAAAAAAAUACUUCUACUGGAUAGACUACAAACCAGUAUGCCGUACGGGCGGAAACAAGGACUUGUCGAGACAUCUGGAUAAAACUGUGGAUUAGCUUUAUGACUUAAGCGAAGUGCGAUGCGUCUGGUCCCAGAGUAUAGUAUUAAAUUAUGUUAUACCCAAAGCACGAUGCCUUUUGUGUGAUAAUAUGUCCGCCAUAAUUUUCCGGUCCCUACGACGAAAAAAUGGCGUUAAACAUAUAUCUUCCAUUAUUCCGAAGUUCGUUUCUGUAGCGAACCAUGCUCGUUUGUAAGUUCGAAAAUACGGAAUGGUUUUUGCUUUAAGCGACCACAACAUAUCCCGUUAUUUCCAGAAGCGGACUGUCUUUGAAAAUCGUUGAGAUUUCCAUACAUCAUUAACUGAAUACCUGUCCAGAUCUAAGUUACUGUCAAUACAAAGAGCGGACUUAACAUUAGAACAACAUGCAUACUACUCGCACCGGCUUUAAGAAAACCACUGAUUAAACAUAUAAUAUUGAAGUCAGUAUACUAGGUUUUUAAAUUCUAUCUUGCACAAAUUUAGUCAACUUCGCGAUGACCCAGUCUAGGCAUUACGUAAAAAAGAGAGAGAGGUCAACUCUGCGGGCUCCAUCCCCAUGGAACUCCGGUGCCUAUCCUCACCACAAACAAUCUGAUGAGAUUUUAAACUAUCAUACGUGCUAAAACUCGCGACUUGGAAGGCUUCUAGCUGGCGAGGUAAUUCGGUCCUUCUUUCCAGAAGCAAAGUCUGGCUGCACUAGGUCCCUGAUGUUGUCCACUAUGGCAACCCCACUCGGUUAGGAUCCGGACCGACCAUUUCCUGUUUCAGUUUUGACCUUGUCUUACCUAUUUAAAUUUAAAGUCAUACCACCCAACACGCUUUAGCUGUUAUUGAUUUCAUUGGAAAGCUUUUAAGUCGAAGAGGCGCUUAUAGACCAAAUUACUUGAGGUUCCUAGGCCACCUCGAAUUAAGCUGGGGUCCUCCCUUACGUCAUAGCGAUCACUCGGUUAUGCAGUGACGAGCACGACACCACAUGCGGUUGCUUCCAUAAUCGCCCACCUAGAAUAAAUUUGAGAAAACCUAUUAUCAUGCAGCUGAAAUGGCUUCAAGGCCAGGGGACGCCUCGUUUCAGAGUUCAGCGUUAACACCACGCACCGGUCGUGUGGGUCAAGGUGUAGGUGGGCAAUAUAUUGUCAUUUGUCGACUUUUGAGGGCACGUAGACCGAGUUCAUGAAUACGUCAGCAGAAAUUGGCAAUGAGGAGUGGUGAUCUGUCAUCCUUCCCCCUAUUUAUACCCUGAGAGCCUUUCGUAAUGCGCUUUUACUAACAUUAAGAUGGUGACGCAGAUGGGUGGAGAGUCGUUUGAAGCCUGAAUUUCUGACAAGAACUACAACAAGUGACAUAUGGGUAUGUCUCUCGCCUGUCACGUGUGACGUUCAUAUGGCCAGCCAACCUCUGGCCAAGGACGCGCGGACACCGCACCAUGAGACGGUAGAUAGCCUGACGCAGAGUUCAGCCAAGGACAUACGCGGUCAGCCAUUGAAGAUGGGCUCCUGUGAGGCACGUAAGGCUCAGACCAGUUCACCAGCUGCUCUGCAGAUUGACUUUCCCCAUUCGUUUUGUCGAAAAUUCGUCACGAGACCCGCUCUUCUAGUAGUGCUUUGACACCCAAUAUAAACUCCUCAUAACCAGUUGAUUAGUAGCCCACAUUUUUGCCGCACAUUAGUCUCGAACCCGCUUUCUUUAAACAUCGAGUGCUAUUAAGUCCGACGCUCAACUAAGUGGGACAAGGACUAGUUUUCCUGACGUUGGAUUUGGGUAAGGCUGGCUAACGACGGCUAAUAAGCCACUCCAGUCUCCUUUCUCUUUAUCAGCGAUUGUUUGCAAAGGCUCAGGACAAAACGGAACGAGCAGAUCCCUUGUCCCAAUUGGAGGACACACGUCAACCACAACGACGGUUUGACUGUCGUGACCGCUGACAUCGGCCGUGUGCUUCACAACAGGGUGAAAGUAGGGACGAUAGCUUACAGUGAUAGUAGACUUGGGCAGCAUCUACCACAGUCCCUCCUCCCUCCCACCUGAUCCUGGUUUCAUGACAGUCAAUAAGACCGAAGGCGGAGGAGGCCACAGGUGGCUGACACGGCAGAAGCCCGCACAUAGGCAUACCACCACACCCCCUGAUCCACAAAGUAUCCUGCUCAGGAUUUCACACAGGAAACGCGGAGGGGUCGACUCCGAUCCCAACCAAGUAGGAGUCCCAUAAAGGCCACAUAAAGCAGGAGGCACGAAAGCCCGACUCUCCGUUCUCCGAGGAGAACCGAGUUAUCCCGUUGUUUGAUAGCCCUCUAAGCCGCGACUUUUGACAUACCUUGGCACAUUCAAGCGCGUCGGAUUGUUUGUAGCAAGGAGUAUGCGGGCACCAGUCCACCGUCAGAAGAGGUCAAAUGUCUAAUGGAGGAAAUGGGCGCAGUGGCUGAUAGAGAUAGAGAGACCAUGGAAGUUCUGACUUGUCAAACACACACUCAAGUAGAAAAUCGGCUCGGAUAUCACAUGUGUGAUGGAGUGCCAUUUAGAAGCAGCCAGUCACUUUACUCACAAACUCACAACUGCGCCGACUGCGUGGUCUGAGUUGAACCGUCAGUUAGCAGGCUUCCAAGCCACGGCUUUCAGCACACCGUGAUCGUCUCAAGUGCGUUGGAUGGUUUAUAGUGAGGAAUUGUGCGGAGAGAAUCGACCUCACUUUGCCUUGUCCCGUGCACCAGUCGACUCUCCGAGCCGGCCAACCAUCUGGCGCUGAGAUUGGGAGGAGUGGCUGACAGUGCAGAGUACGGCCCGUCUACGCACGCCAAACACACGAUGCGGCCUCCAUGCAUACACGCCAGGAUUUCGCACAAGGGGUAGACUGCUCAAAUCUCGAACAUAGCAGAGGAUUCGCAUGAACAAGGAGCCGAAGAGCGCAGUCAUCACUUACAUGAGGGACGCCUGCGUUGCGUGUUAUUGGAGGUGUUUAUGGGUGGUGGAUGUGCUGAUGGGGAAUUGUGGUUAUGUGGUCUGGUCUGCGAUGAUUUACCGUGUAUUUUCUUGGAGGCGUAUGUGACGGGGUAGGCCCAUGCGAUAACUGAAUGUGGGAGUACAUCGUGGGCAGUUGGGGUGAUGGCGAAGAGUUACGUUGGUGUUUCAGCACUGAUUUAUCAUCCUCUGUGUGACGGAUUCGCAAGUGGUCGACAAGGCCGAUGCGCGACAUACAUGUGCGAUGGCAGCGUGAGCAGGAUAGGAUGGGGGACGCUUAAUCGGUUCGAGUUACUAUGCUGCCAGUGGUGUCCGCGCUGGUGGAUGGGGACCCGGUAGGGCUGAGCGUGGGAAAGUUUUCGGUCGUCGAGAUAUAGGUCAGUAUAUUUUAAGAGUAAUAGGCAAUGCUUUUGAAAACCCUAUUGUAAACGGUACAUGCAAUAUCUCACUAUAAAUAAACAUGGUACUGAAAUGUUGUCAGUAAUAUACACGUUUAACAGAAUAUUUUCCGUAAAAAUGUAGAACCAAAACUUGAGAACAUUCAGUUGUAGAUGAUUUCAGUAAAAUGUAAUGACAGUCAUCCGCAUUAGCGGUAUGAGUAUGCAAGGCGUUGGUUUAGCACCACAGAGCUGUUCUGUAUGGCGCAGUCCACUGUCGUUGAUACGCAUGUGAUUAUGCGGUGAGCGAACCUGCGUGGACAGUGCUGACAGUGGGGUUGGAUGUGGCGAGUGUAUGUGGGGACUCCUGGCAUUAGUGUGUCGGUCGCAGCGUGCGUGAGGUAUAUACAGUAGGUCUGCUAACUCAUGAAAAGUCAACCAAAAUUCUAAAGUGUGUUUUCGACUCGAAAAGAUUACUUAAGUAAGGUUUUAAAAUUAAUGAUAUUUCGGUAUAAUUCUGUAGUAAGGCAGUUGCCCCGGGAUGCCGCCUUUCGAACGAACUUCUUUCCGGCCGCAUGCAAAAUCCACACUCUACGAAAAAUGACUACUCAAUUAGCAUGAAUUUUUCUCGUAAAUGUUCGAUGCCCUUAAGAAUUCGAUCAUAUUUCAUGUAAAACAUGCAUAGAAAUAUUCGUUCUUUUACUCAUUCGGUAGAAUAUUACGUCUUCUAACAAGGUAGCUGAAUUAUUAUAGAAUUAUGCUGCAUGAUGAUUAGUUCUAAAACACUACUUAAGUAAUCUUUUCUAAACGAAAACGCAUUUCAGUAUUUCGAUCAACUUUUCAUGAGUUAGCACACUGACUGUAUGUGAUCGCAAUGAGGACAGUUUAGGACAGAGUCCACAUCGUUGGUGCUGGGGGCGAUCAUAAUAAGGGUAUUGGUUGGCGAGGCGUCGGGAGUGUUCUCACCGCCAAGUCUUGUCUUUGCCGUCGUGUUUUCGAAUCUCACUGAGACCGCUAAGUUUUUCACAAUCGGCUCAAAUGGAUUCUCGACUUGUCAUGCUUCCGGCGUGGGCGAUUAUCAUGACGGCCACAAAGCUGAGUUCAUGGCGCGUUUCGCAGGAGUGGGCAGCCAUUUACGAUAACUCAUCUCUCUGUUGCACUGCCAGUUCAUGCUCGUGUAUGCGUGAUCGGAGUGUGUGUGCUCAUCUGACCUGUGUAAUUAAAAUGACUGUUUGUGCACGAGAUGCAAUACAGUACACCUGACUGUUUCUUGUGAUUUAAUCGCUCUUGGAUUUUCAUGAUCUUGCUGCGAAUGCAGGCUUUGUUCCGGUAUGCAAUUUUGGCGCCUAGUCUCGCAGCAAUGUCCCGAUUGUUUCUGAGACGGCCUUACUGUAUGACAGAGCAUGCCAUAUCCUCAGUGGUUUUUCCGUUUGGCGUCUCCGAGGGCGAACGCGUAGGCAUCGGCUUACAGACGCCUUCAGAUAGCCAUUCCGCAUAAGGUGGUCACGGUGACAUCGGGCCAUUUCCUCCGGUUUGCCGCAGCGAGUCUGGAUCUGUCUGCAGUGCGCUGCCGGGCAGCUUUGUUUGUGAGCCACCGGACGGUUAAUGCGAACACUGAGAUUUCCUGUGGCGUUCACCGUCUUCCUGUAAACCGCCGUCCCAAUUUCAUCCUUAGGGUUUCGCCUGACGAGCACAUCAAGGAAGGAUAUCUACUGCUCCUGCCCUCUUUCCCUCGUGAAUUUUGCAUCAGGGAAGACUGGGUUGAGCAGAUUGUAGAAAUUCUGCAGUAUGUUCUUCCUGACAAUAGCCGACAUAGUAGUGAAAAUGCUACCCGUGGCUGACACAUCAAAGGGAGAAGGGGCAUUCACCGGCAGAGAGAGAGAGAGAGAGAGUUAUUUGAGAUCUGACGUUUCAAGUAAUGAUUUCGCCUACCCUUCUUCAGAGACUGGAAGGCCCUGCUUACAGCUCUCAUUGCAGGGCACAUUUUGCCUGAUGCGUGAUUCGCUGGACAGCGGUAGGGUGAAGGACGCCAGACAUCUGCAAUCGGCCACAGGAUCCUGUCAUGCAGGAAAAGUAGUAAUAGGGGUUUUACGGAUGGCGCAUAUUGGCGGCACGGGAACUAAUAAAAAGGGAGAAAAUACGGAGACAUUUGUUUCUGUGCUGUAAAGCUUUUAUUACGCUGACACAUGGCAACGAAAGGUAUGCGCGAUAAUUAAAAAAUAAGCGAUCAAUAAAUUUCAAAGAAUUAGGCAAUUUUGAUAAACCGUUCCCGGAUAGUUUGUAGCAGGUCAGGCACCCAAGGAAAUCUCAAUCAGUGAGAACGAGGAAAAGGAUAUGAGAGGGCCAACCGUGCUGAAAUUUAGUGUUUGAUUUUCCUAUGUCCGUGAAUGGUAGAUCAACGAAGUCUGACCAAUCAAGUGAAAUUCAAAAAAGUGAGCGAUAAGCAAGCCCGUUAUUUUCAGUUUAGGAUAACUGUACGGAUUUAAGAAGUUUUAGGCAGUUGGCCUAACGCUACUUAAGAUGGGGGGUUUGUAUUUAGUAGUGAAGUGGGUUUCUAAUGAAGUAUUUCCCCCAAAAGUACAGGCUCCUGUUAUACGGGAAACAAACAAAAGCGUAAGGGAGAAUCCCAACGCAAACUCAAUGUGUAGAGCAGUAAAGAACAACCCACUGCCUACUCAAACAAGUGGAGUAGGCAGUUCUGUGCGUAAAAGAUGCUUGGGAUCCUCCCCCCCCACCGCUACCAUUCGUUGAAUCGGACCAUCGCUCCACCGUGAUCUCUGUUGUCCCCACUCCCGUUAAACGUAACGAUGGUUAGCUGCAGGUAGCUUGGGCGCACUGACCGGUUGGUAUUUCGUGACGAAAAUUCCGGGAUAUCUGUUGUGCUCUAAAGAGCCUUCAGCAAUAUCCCAAUUCGAUCUUUUCUGUCGUCCGACUCGCCGCAUUGCGGUAGACCGUUCUUAUGUGACCCCAGUCGUGUAAACUUGGAUGUCUGUCACGGAAGCUUGGUGCACAAUCAGAAUUCAUCGUUCUCUGAGUGGUUGUCUUCGUUCAUCGAUAAGUCUUUCUGCAGACUAGCAUGUGUAAGAUCGGCAAAUGGCCAUUCUUUUUUCAUUCAUCUUCGAUUGGAGUUAAGUCUCCGCCACUUGCCGCUUGCUAAUGGCAGAAUUUAUUGUCAAUACACUGGAUACUUAAUUCUGGUCGAUUACUGUUGAAAGCCAGUGCCUUUAAUCGUUUCAGUACCACUUCGUCAUUGAGCCUGGAUUACGGCUGUCCCAGUAGCGUGCCUUCCACUUUCUCACACACAAAUCAAUCCAAAGUGAAGAAAGUCCGUAAACCACGUUUUAGUAUACUGAUAUUUCAGGCAUAUUUAUCAUAUUUUUGUUGGAGAGUUUGCAAAAAACAUCGUCAACUACCUUUGCAUUCAACGAACCAAGUUUCUAUAAAUUGAGGUUUUAUAAUGAUAAUGCAGUAGGUGGGCUAACUCAUGAAAUGCCAACAGAACUUACGAAAUGUGUUCCCGUCUCGAAAAGAUUAAUUAAGUAGGGUUGCAAAACCAGUCAUCAUGCAUCAUAAUUCUAUAAUAAUUCGGUCACCUCAGGAUGUCGGCUUUUGAAUGAACUUCCAAAAACCGUAGUCCGUAAAAAAUGACAACGGAAGGGGCAUGCAUUUUUUACUGAUUUUCAAUGCCCUCAAAGAUUCAAUUAUAUUUCAUGGAAAACAUGCAUAAAAAUAUUCAUUCUUUUGCUCAUUCAGUAGAAAAUCACGUCUUAUUUCAAUUUUAUACUUGAAGGAAGUGUUUAAUUCGGUUUUAAAAAGUUUCUAAUCGUGAGAUUCUUUAAUACCGUGAAAUUUUCGUUUGUAAAACAUCGUGGCUCCGUAUUUACUAAUGUUGUUACUAAAGUUUGCAAUAUGCCUCAAAUCCGCUGCGAAAUUUCAUGGACCCCAUAUGGUCUCCUCUUAAUAGGGUAGAGAAAUGUGUGGUUUCCCGUACGCGGAAAUUAUACGGCUUUUGAUUUGGGAAUCCUGAAUGAAACUGUAACGGCAGGUCAGGCUCAAAAUUAUUCGGGAAUUGGAAAAGUUUUAUAAAAGCGAAUUAAACCCUGCCUUUGAGUGUAAAAUGGCAAGAAGACGUAAUUUCCUACUGAAUGAGCAAAAGAAUGACUAUUUUUAUUUAUGUUUUCCAUGAAAUAUAAUUGAAUCUUUAAGGGCAUAGAAAAUCAGUGAAAAAAUUCAUGCCACUUACGUAGUCAUUUUUUACGGAGUAUGGUUUUUGAAUGCAGCCAAAAAGAAGUCUGUUCGAAAGCCGGCGUCCUGGGGUAGCUGAAUUAUUAUAGAAUUAUGCUGCGUGAUGAUUGGUUUUACAACCCUACUUAAUCUUUUCGAAACGGAAACGCAUUUCGGAAUUUCUGUUGAGAUUUCAUAGGUUAACCCAUUUACUGUAGGUCAUUUACCCAGACGUGCAUGAAUGCUUCCUUCGGUUGUGUCACAUAACUUCGAAGCUCAACAGUAUUUAUUUAACGUAACAAUCAACGCAAUUCACUCUUGUUAUACUGGGCUACCCACAGCGGACUCGUUUGAGCUAUGACACCGUUUUUAGGUUAUGCCUUCUAAUCGUAUUUUCUGUUACGCUUUACUUAACAGGGUUUGCAAUGGUGCUAACAAUUAUCGCCUUUACUUUCGGAAGUUUGGACAGUCGGUGGGUACCCUACCCGCGUUUUAACAAACUGUCGUGGGCAUAUGCGAUGGCCCUAAUCUCCGUGAUGUUCACUAUUUCGGCCUUCUUCACAUUCCUCGUGUUUUAUCUCAAAGUAAAUGCAAAGAAGUCUGCAAAGAGUUUACCCCUCGAACCAGACCUUGAUGAUGCCGAUGAUGACAAUGAAAAUGACGAAAUUCAAAAGCUUUCACAAAAACAGUACUCUCGAAGUGGGGAUACUGCUAGUGUACCGCUUCGACCUCCAGUCAAUCCAGACACUGUGGACCCCGAUGAAAUUCAUGAAGACCUGGGCGAGGAUCUUGAUGCAAAUUCUAACUCAGUAUAUCCUUACUCCCAACACUUCCGUUCGUAA